UACUCCUACUAUUACUACUACUACUACUACUACUGCUACUACUUCUACUAGCACCUUGGCCGUUUCUGGUGGCACGAAUGCGACGCGCGUGCGGCAAAAGGUCCGGCGCUGACGGCCGGCGCCCGUGUACGACGUGCGUGUGUGCCGCGCUGCUGGCGAGCCCUCAGCUCAGUAGUCAGAGCGCCGCGCCAGUCUUCAACGAACUCCCCGUCGACUAUCAGCCAAUGCCGCUUCGGGCCGCGUUAAUUUCGAGCUACCGGGACACUAACGUGCCGACUCGUGUCGUCGGCUUUACCUACUUAAAUUAUUACUAUUACUAUUGUCAACUUUUGUGGAAUAUUAUUAUAAUUUAUACACAAUUGUCAUCCUCAUUGCAACAACUAAACAAUUAUAAUCAUAAUUACAUUAACAAUAACGAUAAAUUAAAUAGCGAUAGUUGUCAAUCACUUACGAGAUCCCGUCAAAUAGUAAAGCAAAGACGUCUGCAAAAACUACUACUGCAUUUAGCUUACGAAGAGUGGAAACGACGGAAGUGCAGUGCCACCGGCGUUAAAUAGUCGGUGUUAUUUAAACGUGAACUAUAUUUUAAACACGUUUUGUAAUAUAAAUAUAUAAUAUUUACGCGCUAUAUAUAUAUAUUUAUAUUUUUCAGUUUUAUUUUUUUUAAAUUAAAAAUGUUUUAAUAUUAAAACACAUUACACUACUGUAUGUACGUACCCUCUAUCACACGUUUGACACAGUUGAGUCUGCGCUGUGAGAGGUUCGCGAGCGGGGGUUGAAAACUCCAGGUGACCGCGUGGACAGACACAAGGCAAUCGGAGUGAAUAGUAGUGAUAUUAAUUCACAAUAAAUAUGAUAAAUAAUUUUCAAUAAAUAUUUAUUUUAAUUUUAAACAGUGAAGUGAAUUAUUUAGUAAAAUUAGUUUUUUUAUUUUUUGAAAUAAAGGAAAAAGUUUGCUACCAAGAUAUAAAUAUAUUAAGUGACUUGGUUUUAUUAAUAUUUUUUUUAAAUUUUAUUUUACCUUCAUUGAGGUGGUUCGCAGUUCGUGGCCCGGUUAGAGGGUUUCUCUCGGUCGCGGCCUCCCUACUCUACGUCGGAUCUCCUUCACGUCAACUAAGGGACGUCUGUCUUACUGUCGGUUCGCGACAGGGCUAAUCACGCGCACAAGUGCAUAUUAAUAUAUAUAUAUAUAUAUGCAUAAAUAUUAAAUAUAUAUAAAUUAUAUUAAUUUAAAGUGAUAAUAAUAUAAUUGAAAAAUAAGUGAUUGGAGUAUUUCUGACUGGACUUCUGUCUUUUAUCCAGCGAUCGUUACGUGAUCGCAGGGAGGAAAAGACAGGGAUAAAUAAUAAUAAAGGCACGUUAAAAGUGUGCCAGUUAGUCGUGGUGAUGCCUCGUAGAUCGGUACAGGAGCAGUUAGCUGGUAAGGAAGCAGGCGGUGUUGAUCGGAAACGCUGACGAGACCAGUUCCCGCUGGGCCCGGUCCAGGCCAUGAUCGGCCCGCCUACCCAGAGGGCACGCACCCACCAGCGUCGAACUCGUCAUCGUCAACCGGUAACGCCGGUUGACAAUAAAGAUCAACUAUACGUUACGUCAUUGUCGUCAAUUACCACUCCAUUGUCAUUACCAUCGACGACACCUUUGCUGUCUUCAACAUCACCUUUUGAGUCGGGAUUUUGUGGUGUUCAGCGAAUUCGGUUUGAUGCCACUGACCGAGAUACUGUUUGGCGGCUACCAACCCCCGAUGACGAUCAACGAGACAAGGACGCUGCUGAUGUGCAGUUUAUUAAUUCAAAAUUAAAUAAAACCAACAGUAGAUUAAGAAAGUGCAGUAAUAAUAAUAAUAAUAAUAAUAAUAAUUAUAAUAAUAGUAAUAAUAGUAGUAAUAGUAAUAAUAUUAAAAGUAAAGAUAAAAAUUAUAAUAUUGAUAAUAAUACAAGAACUACAGUACUGCAACAAGCAAGACGACAACGCGGAAGGGCGCGGAAUCACGGCAUCGUCUUCCUUCUUUUUGCCAUCGCCGUAACCUUCCUUGCACUUUUCUUCCCACCAGUUAUGGGAGCGACGAGCGACAGUAUAGAGGAGGAAACGACGAGUCCAGCAUCCGCUGCAGUGACUGAAACGACGACAGUGACCGUAGUUAAAACGAGAAUCGGAAAUGAUAUAGGGGGUAGUAUAGACCUUUUGGCAGCUUUGCAACUGCACAAUACGACACGCCAAGGCGUGACACAAGUACCCGGCCUCGUUAGACUGAAACCUGCAUAUUAUCUCGAGGGUGAGGAGAGAGAUCUUCAAGUAAGUCAAUCAAGUUUUGAAAGAGCGGCAUCUUUACUCCGGCGGGUUCCGGAGUUUACUGUUGCCGCGUCUUUGAAACAAGAAGAGGCUAAUUCGGGAACAAUAAUAGCCUUUUCUCAUGGUAAUAAUAGAUACUUGGAGCUGCAAAGCAGUGGAAGAAAAGAUGAAUUGCGUCUUCAUUACGUGUCCCGUCGUGACGGUGCCGUGCAUGUUGAGGCCUUUCCCUUCCGUCUGGCCGACGGAGUGUGGCACAGGGUCGCCUUGAGUAUUAGCGGCUCGCAGGUCGAGCUUUUGGUUGACUGUCAUCCCCUUUACAGGCGUCUACUGAGGCCUGGGCCACCUGACACUAAUUUUACCCUGCCACAGCUUCAACUUUGGGUCGGUCAGCGUAACGCCAAGCACUUUUUAUUCAAAGGCGCUCUUCAAGAUGUUAAGCUUAUUCCAGGUGCACAUGGAUAUUUAUCACAGUGUCCUCAACUCGAUACUUCAUGUCCUACUUGUGGUCAAUUUUCUAUUCUACAAAACACAGUAGAACAGUUAAUGCAUAAUCUCAAUGAAUUAACACACAGGCUAGCUGCUGCAGAGGGUAGAAUAAGCAAAGUGGAAGAAUGCGAGUGCCAAAAAUCCUGCAGAUCGAAUGGCACAAUUCACGAGGACGGUUCAACUUGGGAAGAAGGUUGCCAACAAUGUGUGUGCGUUCACGGUGAAAUUGAAUGUCGACCUACACCUUGUGCUCCAGUAAAUUGCAAACAUCCAGUCAUACCUCAAGGAAAAUGUUGUCCUGUUUGUCUAAAGGAAUGUUUUUUGAAAGACACUAUUUACGAUCAUGGAGUAAAAAUAUUCCCAAGACCGUGUUUCGAGUGUGAGUGUUUCGACGGUAGUUUUACUUGUCAAAGUAUUGACACUAAAACUCGAUGUCCACCGUUACCUUGUCCACCAAGUGAACAAAUAACUGUAGCUGAAGAAUGUUGCAAAUUUUGUCCAGGAGUGGAUUACUGCGCUAAAGGUCAUAAUUGUCAUACAAAUGCAUCCUGCCUAAAUCUUCAGACAACUUAUGCCUGCCACUGCAAUAUUGGUUUUCAAGGAGAUGGCCAAAAUUGUCACGACGUUGACGAGUGCAAACAGCAAGGCGGCCUCGAGGGUCACCAUUGCAAUAAAAAUACCCGAUGUGUCAACGUUGUUGGUUCAUACACGUGCGAGUGUCUUCCCGGGUAUCAGAGGGUAGACAAAUUCAACUGCGCUGAGCUGGAUGAGUGUACGACCGGUCGUCAUUUGUGUUCCGAACACGCGACUUGUGUCAAUACGCCUGGCAGUUAUUAUUGCAUCUGCAAAGACGGAUAUACUGGAGACGGCUACACUUGCAAACCGGUAUGCAAUCAAACUUGUCAGAACGGUGGUGAGUGUAUCGCACCAGGUAAAUGCUCAUGUCGUCGUGGAUAUAUUGGCAACAGCUGUGAGCUGGAUCUCGACGAAUGCGCGAGUGAUUUGCACAGAUGUCAUCACUCGUCAACGUGCUUCAAUAUGCCUGGAUGGUAUUAUUGCCGGUGCAAACCUGGUUACCGUAGUGCUCUUCACGAUAGUACCCAAGGGACACACUGUCUGGACAUUGAUGAGUGUAAUGAUCAGACACUCGAGAGGAGACACACCUGUCAUCCGAGUGCCAGAUGUGUUAAUACUGAUGGUGGAUACGAGUGUGCUUGUCCACGUGAGGACACGUCGCUUGAUCAAUGCAGCCUAAAUUGCUGGUACGAGGAUCGUGAAAUUGGAAACAGCGAGACCUUUGCUCCAGCUGGUAAUCCCUGUAGACAGUGCACCUGCAAGGAUGGUGUUGUCACAUGCAGAGAUCCCAUAUGUGACUGCAGUGCACCAAGUAGUAGACGAGACAAAUGUUGUCCACAAUGUGAUCCCGCAGCGUCCUGUCGGCAUCAAGAGCUACAUCAUCUUGUCUUCAGAAGUGGAGAACGCUGGAUUUAUCAAUGCCAGACUUGCGAGUGCUUGUACGGUGAAAUAGACUGCUGGCAAAUGGAAUGCCCACCAGUGACUUGUAGCAACCCAGUAACUGAAGACGGCGACUGUUGUCCGCGUUGCGAGGACGAUCCCUGUGCUCGAGAAAAUCACAUUAACAGUACAUCGUAUUCAUCGUCAUCGGGUCAUCCUCAGCCUUGCAGUUACGCCGGUAUCAUUCAUGAAAGUGGCAGUGCCUGGCAGGACCCGCACGACAAGUGUACCACGUGCGAGUGCAAGGUGCCGUACUGCGCCCAAUUGGAGUCAGCGGGACUGGAAUCAUCAAGUCAAUGGGAUUUUUUGAAGGACGGGCAGUUAUGCUGCAGCUACGAUUACGGCUGCGCUGGCGAUAAUGGGCUCGAGCAGCACACAGUCACUAUUAGCCAGCCUGAUCCUGUCUUUGUUCCAAGCGAUCCGAGCGCUUCGAGCAAAAGUAUCUCUUCACCGGAAACAGCAGUACCAACGAUUGGAUCUUCAACAAAUAUCGAAGCACCAGCAUCCUCCUCCAGCAGCAUCACAAUCGAUAAGUCCGUCGAUUAUUAUUCCACAUUGGAUCCGCGGGUUGAUAAACUCUUGUAUUACGAAGCUCCGAACCCGUCGUCAUCAUCAUCAUUAUCAUCAUCAGAAACAGUCACAUCAUCAUCAUCAUCAUCAGUUACCACUAGCUCAGUGGUAUCUUCAAUUAAAACGUCACUACCACCACGAAAACGCAGCGAUCCCGAGAUGGACAUCAAUAUCGAACAGCAGUCACGUGGUAUCGCUAAAAAUAUCAUUUCUUUCCCAAAGCCACCGUCAGUUCGACGCAAUCAGAUUGGUAACAGUCGCACCUUGGUGGCGAUAUCCGCGAAUAAUAAUAAUUACGAUAAUAAUAAUAAUAACAAUAAUAACAAUAAUGAUCCACAAAAAAAUACACGUGGUAGUAUUAGUAGACCAUCAUAUCUAUCAGCUUCUUCACGUCUCGUCGGUAGCAAUGACGCCACUUGAAGAGUUUUAUUACUAUCAGGUCGAUGUGCCGACGAGUUAGAUGACGAUUUAUGUUAAUAAAAGGACGCGGUUUAAUAAGGCAUUUAUUAACGCUAAUGAUGAGUUAAGGACCAAUCAAGUGCCGUCAUUUUACCGACAAGCGGCCUUGCGAAUAUUAACGAGAGGAAAUUUUAAAAGUUAUUAAAUAAUCAAAGGUAUCAAGUGAUUUUUCGAUGACACAGAGAAUCGUUAUAUUAUUUUUUUUUAUUCAUAAGUCAUACGGAAAUAUAUAUACGUUAUUUAUUCAAAUAAUGUCUUAAUGGUAACGGCUUGACGAUGGUGAUGAUGAUAAUUUAUGAUUAAUUAAGUGUAUGAUUUUUAAAAAAUUAUAUUUUUUAACAAGUAAUAUUGAGUGAUCAUGUUCACAUUGUCGUGUACUGAACAAAGUUUGGCAUCAGGUAUUACCCACUUCCGUGUCCCGCGAUUAUUUAAAAUCGCAGGACUUUUAUUCUCCGAAUCGAACGGAUUAAAAUGAUUAAUGCAAUUAAUUAAUUACCCGUAAAAAAUAUUUUUUAAAGGGUAAAAAGUCUCACUGUGGACUCUAAGCAAUUUACGGUCCAUGAUACGAAAAAAAAAACAUUGUCAAUUACAGUGUCAAUGUAAUUAAUAAAUAACUUUUUUUUUCUUUGUAAAAACUCUUUGAAAAAGUUUUACCCGCUACUUUAUAAUUCCCUCGUUGCUGUCUAAAAUUUAUUUUAUAAAAUAUAAAAAUAAAUUUUUUUUUAAUUAAAAAAAUAUAUAAAAUUGUUUAUAUAGACAUUAAAAAUGUAAUUAUUAAUUAAAGUUAUUAAAUAAAAUUAUUAAUAAUUUUAAUCACAUCACCGAAUAACUACAAUAUUAAAAAAUUAAUGAAUAAAUUUAAUUACUUUAAUUACAAUAACGAUUCCGUAUAAUAUUUGUAAUUUAAAAAAAAAUAGUUACUCAUUGAAUGAAAAUAAAUAAAAAGCUCAUCGAUAUUGCUUUGUAUGUAAAAAAAAAAAGUUGUAAUAAUAAAUUUAGAAAUAUUUGUGCCGGGCGAUGAACGUGCCGAGCUUGUUCGAUUGGUUCCUUGAUUACAUAAUAUAGUCCCGCUCAACCCCCAUCGCGACUACUUACGACUACAUUCCUCUUUAAUUAACAAUUAAGUAGGCACUAAUGAAAAAAAAAAAAAAAAUACAUAUGAGUAUAGGAAAAAAAAAGAAAAAAAACUAAUAAAAGCUAAGAAUAAAUAAAAAAUAUACAGAGAUUAUUACAUACGUUCGUUUAACGAGCAAUGGCGGAUGUUAAAUAACUAGUAGUGAAAUAAAAUAAUAAUUAUAAUUGCGAUAAUUAAUGGCAAUGCGACUCGGAAUUAAUAGUAGAAGUACGAUUACGAGAUUUGAAAAUAAAAAAAAAAUAAAGAAACAUAAUUUAUAAUAAAUAAUAUAAUGAAAACUAAAGAGGCAAAUAUCUUGCAAUAUUCAUUAAAUAAUUAACAGUAAUUGUGUUGUUCAAUGUGCAAUAAUUUUAAAUGGUACACAGAUUGAUUUAUUAUUUAUUUGAUAAAUAACUAUAAUAUUUAAAAUUAAUAAAAUGCAUCGAGUUUUAAUUAGUGAUUAAAUUAUUAAUAUUAUUAUUAUUAUUAUUAUAUUGAAAAAAGAAUAAAUAAAUUUUAAUGAAAAAUAAAAUAAUAAGACAGCUGAACUUGUAGUUAACGUCGUUUUUGAUGUCAGUAAUUGUUUAAUUAAUGGGUCUCAGGGUCGAUCUUCAAUGAUUUUAAUCUAUUACAUCGAUUCAAAUAUAUUAUUAAUAUAGAGAUUAAAGUCUUCUUCUAGAGGUAUAUUUCUAGUCAUUCUUAACAUUUAAAAAAUUUUUAAAAAUAUUAAAAGAUUAAUUGGGAGUCGGUAAGUGGGUGUCACGGCUGACAAAAUUGAAUAUUAUAUCGGUAAUACUCAUUAUUAAUUAGUUAUUAUUUGUUCUUUUUUUAAAAACAAAAAUUUUUAAUUUUAUUGCAAUUAAACUGCGACAAUAUUCGUACAUGAUAUUUAAUAAGAGAGUGAAUUAUAGAUCGAAUGAAUUAAUUAUAGUUGAUAAAAAAAAUUAAUUAAUUAUAAUUAUAACGAAAAAAAAAAUUUGAUUUACUAAUACCUGAAAUUUCAGUAAUCACCGAGCAAUUAAAUGUUUCUUCCCGGGUCAAAAAAAUAACUUGAUUUUGACUGCUAUAAUUUUUUUGAUUUCGGCUAUUAUAACUACUUAUUUUAACUUCAAUAUGACUUUUUUAACUUAAAAUUUUAAAUUAACUAAGUCGAAUCCAAGUCAAGUUUGAAAAAUUUAAGUCAACUUUCAAAUUUAAGUCAACUUUCAAAUUCAAGUCAAGUUUGACUUGGAUUUGACUUAAAAUAUUAAGUUAACUAAGUCAAAUCCAAGACGUGACUUGAAUUUGACUUACUUGGCGUAAAUCGGUACUAAGUAAGACAACUUAGUCAAAAGUAAGUCAAAACGAAACGUGUUUCAUCCCUAGUGGAAAUUUUUCGGACUUUUCUCUGAAAAACUCUGAAAAAGUCUUUAGAAGUUUGAAAAAAUCUUUAGAACUUUAGAACUGAGUUUUUCAGAGAAAAUUCCGGAAAAUUUCCACCAGGAAUAUCUUAAAAUGUGUUUUUCAUUUAUUUAAAAGACAACUUGAGCUUGACUUGCAUUCUAUUCAAUUUUAAAAUUACGCCAAAAUUAAGUUAUUUUUUUACCCGGGUUCAUUGUACGCUGGAAUUAAUUAUAUAAAAAAAAUAUAAUAAUAAUCAUUAUUAUUGUAACAAUAAUAAUUAUAUUAAUAUUAAGAUUAAAUGUAAUAAUACUUAAUGAUAAUAAUUAGUAAUAAUGAUGAUAAUUAUAAAUAUUAACGAUAAACCAUAAAUAAUAAUAAUAAUAAUAAUAAUAAUAAUAAUAAUAAUAAUAAUAAUAAUAAUAAUAAUAAUAAUAAUUGUAAUAUUUUGAUACAGUGUACAAAAUAUUUGUUCUUUAGCAUAAAUGUCGCAGAUCAAAAGCCAAAGAAAAAAAAAUUAUUCUUAGCUUUUCAUACAUUGCAAUAAGCGAUUGUUAUGCAUCGAUCCCGUCUGUCGACAAUUAAACAUUACUAUUAAUUAUAAUUAAUACUUUUAAAAAAAAAUUUAAGAGCUGGAUUAAAAAGUUUGAAACGUUUUCGAAAAUGAUCUGUAUUAAAAACAAAAUUCAAUAAAACUUUAAAUUAUUUAACUAAACCAAAUAAUCAGUAGUUAAAGUAAAAAAAAGAAGUGAAUAAUUACAUUGCGUAAAAAUAAAAAAAGUUAAUUACUAAACUUGUACUUUUUGCAAAUAUGCCAUAUUGAAAUGAUAAUAAAAAAUAAAAAUGCUGUUGCUAUAAUGUAUAUAGUUAUAUGUUAUUAGUUUAUCAUAUAAUAUAUAAAUAAUAAAAUAGAUAAUUAAUUAAUUAAAUAAACAUAAAUGCGGAUAUCGAAUAAAAUUAAUAAGAACAUUACUACAGUUUAAAAUUAUAAAAAAGACUUCAAAAGUCUUAAAUUUGUCUUAUUCUCACAUGAGAUCGUAAAUAAAAAAAAAUAAUAAUUAAAAGUAAAUAUCAAGUCGCAGGCGUCCUGUUAUUAAAAAAAAACAUACGUUAUUACUUGGCACAAAAAAUAAUAAAUGUUAAAAAUAAAAUCGUCAAUAAAUGAGUUACUAUAAUUAAUAAAUAUGUAAAUUAGAUUUAAAUUGCCUAAUGCGUGUUUAUUAUUAAAUAAAAGUCCGCCGAUACAACGCAUACAGGAUUUAACUUUAUUAGUAAACAAUAAUUGUGUACGAUGGAUGUCAAGUUUUAUUUUAAUGCAAAUAAAAGCUAACGUUGGCCGUAAUCAAUUUUUUCAUGACACCAUUUUUAAAUAUAUUGUCUGAUUAAUUUAUCUUAACGAGUAGGGGAAGGGGCAAAACGAGCUCUCCGAAAAAAAAUGUCAAUAGUAUUUACGGAGCUCAAAUUGCCCCGACCCUUACAUGUAAUGCUACAAUUCUAAUUCGUUUUUAUUGAAGAACAAUAUAUACGUGUACUUAGCGCGAGACACUACCGUGUUUUCUGAUGAAAGCGUUGAUUUAAUUGUUCCGAAGUUCUUAAGACGGUUAUUAUUUCAUUCAUUUGUAUAUAUAGGCCCAGAUGAUAAUUAAAAAACAAUAAAAUAUAUAUGAUAGGCGGGGUAGAUAGAUAGGUAGAUAGGUAGGUACGUUAUAAUGGGACAAUGAAAUGUCGGGUCACUUACCCGUGUAAAAAAAAUUGUUGAAAAAGCGUCGACUAUUCUAAGCUUCAAAACGUGACGGAAUGAGGAACUUUUGUUAAACGAUUUUUAAACUUUUGUAAAUACAAAGAAGAAAACAAGUGACUUAAUACUAUAAAUAGUAUAUUACACACCAAGGGAGAAAAGUAGGACAUUCCAACUCGGGUGUAGAAUGCGCAAUUGGGCAAACACGCGGAUUAGGACGUCCUACCUUCUUUUAUGCUGUGUAUACGAUUUUUUACCAGACUUGCACCUGAAAGUUUAAAUUUUUACCUCUGUUUGUGGGAGGAAUGACGCAUGCGCUAAUUUUUAUCAUUUGGUUUCUCAUAAAAGAAAAUAACGACUUUCUUCUAUCUGAAAAUGAAUCAGUGAAAUUCACUUCGAAUUAGUGAAUAUUCACUGGGAACCAGCUAUAAGUAUACCACUGGUUGAAUUAGUACACGGAAAGAAAAUUAUGAAAACGGUUCCCAUAAUUCUAUAAAAUUUUUUCCUAUACCAACAUAGGAAUUACCAUAAAUUAUGGGAGAAGUUCCUAUAAUUAUAGGAAUGUUUCCCAUAAUUAUAGGAACAGUUCCUAUAAUUAUGGGAACCAUUCCUAUAAUAGUAUGGGUACAACUCCUAUACCAUUAAGGGAACUAUUCCCAUAAUGCAUAGCAAAAGUUCCCAUAAUUUUCUUUUCGUGUAGUAGAAAUCCUUAUAGCUGUAGAAAUAGUGACUACCCACUGAUUCGUAGUGAAUUUCACUAAUUCAUUUUGAAAAAGUUCUCUCUAAACAGGGCAGGAAUUUGAACUUUUGGUGCGGGUAUAGUGAAAUAAAUAUUUUUAGAAUCUUUUAAAACUUUUUUUGACUUUCCAUUAAAAGUGAUAAAUUUUUUCGUUUUUUUAUGUGCAAAAUACAGUCAGAAAUAACUGAUUUUUAACUAAUUCUGAAAUUUUUAUCAAAGCAUAUUUUAAUAGUAUCGUCUAUCAUUAAUUUUUCAUUUAAAUUUUCAAAAGUUUGAAAAACGUUCGACAAAAGUUCAUCGUUGCCAUGUAUUGAAAGUUAGAACAGUCAACGCUUUUUUCAACAAUUAUUUUUUUCACGGGUAAUAAUUAUAUAUAUAUAUAUAUUAUUAAUUCCAAAAUUAUUAUUUUUUCUUUGUAUACUAUUAUCUAUUUAUAUUUUCUUACAGAAAAUUAUAUUAAUAAAUAUAUAUAGUAUUUUAUUUUUAUAAUUAAUAAUUUAUUUAAAAAUUCUGUAUUUCUUUUUUAAAUAAAAAAACUAUUAUUUAGAAAUAUAUAUUUUUCUGGAUUAUAUUGAUAAAGAAAAGGUAAAUUAAUAAGUGUCUUUAUUGUGUCCCGGCAAUUCAUUAAAACUUGAGUUAUUAAUAAAAAGAUAACGAUAAUAGUAUAAAUAAAUAAUUAUACUAAUAAGUAGAAGAGAAAUGAAAUAAAAAUUUCAAAUUAAGAUUUAAAGAUGACAACAAUAAUAAAUAUAUUGACGAAUGAAAAAAAAAAAAACUAAUACUAUACGAUAAUAAAUAAACGAAUGAUGAAUAAAAAGCUUAUUAAGUUGAAUUGAAAGUGAGGUUAUAAGCUUACUGCGUUCUCACCCUUAUUGGCGUACGAUCGAAUGUUUCUAUAUAAAUAUAUGUAAUGUGUAUAUUAUUUACCUUAAUUGUUAGCUUACGAAUUAUCAAUAAAUAAAUAAAUAUUUGUAAAAGGGUCAAGUGAGUCAAGUUGAGACGGGACAAUUUAAUUCUAGUCAGAAGAUUAAGAAUAAAAUGAUUAAGAAAGAGAUAAAUUAUCAGUAGAAAAAAAAAAAGAAAGAAAAAAGAGAAAGAUUAUUUAAAAUAUAAUGUUUUAUUAAAUAUCAUGAACUCGGCUGGCUUGCGAUUUCAUCGUUAAUAAAUAAAUUAAUAAAAUAUUUAAAUGAUAUAAAUUUGUCAUUAAAUUUAUUAACACUACGGAGCAAUUGAGUAUGGCUAAAAAAAAAUUACAUAAUAAAAAAUGCUAUUCAUGUCAGCUAUCAGAAAUAUAUAAAAGUUUAUGGUGACAUAUUAAAAUUUUAAAUAAUAAAUUAUUGUACUGUAAUAUUAAAAAAAAAAUAA